CCCACAAACAGUCAUUUCAAUAAUGAUCAAUCAAUUUGGAAAUAAACAUGACCAUUUGAGCAAAGGCACAAAGUUAUUGUUCGCGACAUAACAUUCAGGCGGUAUUUCCUGAUGGAGAAGUAUGAAAAAAUGGGCACUAUUGGGGAAGGGUCCUACGGAAUUGUAUUUCGCUGUCGCAAUCACCAAAACGACUCCAUUGUGGCUAUUAAAAAAUUCAUCGAAUCAGACGAGGAUAUUCUCAUCAAAAAAAUCGCAAUGCGGGAAAUCAGAAUGCUUAAAGUUGUCUUUACACGAACUCGAUCGAAGGCCGUAUGGGUACUUUUGGCAGUUCUCUAUUCCAGUCUUCCUGUCAAAAACUGCAAAAAAAUAAUUUUCCAAGUCCUCCAAGGCGUCAAUUACUGUCAUUCUCGAAAUUGCAUUCAUCGGGACGUCAAGCCGGAGAAUAUACUCAUCUCCAAGACCGGAAUCGUCAAACUUUGUGAUUUCGGAUUUGCCAGGAGUCUCGACGAAUACACGGAAUAUGUGGCCACUCGCUGGUAUAGAGCACCCGAGCUGUUGGUGGGCGACGUCCAGUACGGGCCUCCUGUGGAUGUGUGGGCAAUCGGUUGUGUGUUUUACGAACUGAUUACUGGUCAACCUCUUUGGGCUGGUCGUUCAGACGUGGACCAACUGUAUUUGAUUCAAAAAUCUCUUGGUUAGUCUAUGAAAUGACGGUAGGCCCUCUAAUUCAGAGACACAGCGAAAUAUUUAUGAACAACCCUGUAUUCAAGGGAUUCUUUUUGACAGUUCCACCAACUAACGUAGAUGGGGUCAAUAUGAAUUAGGACAAUAUUCGCAAAAAGAUUGCUUCGUACGAGGAAAACGUGGUUGAAAUCAUCGAAAUGGCCUUGGUGAUGGAUCCAAGUAAAAGGGCAACAUGCGAGGAACUCAUCAACCAUAAAUGUUUUAAAGAAGUGGAGGAAAUCCAGACAGACAACAGACAAAAACACAGAUCAGUCUCAAGGCCAGGC